UUUAUUUAUUUAUUUAUUUUUAAAACCUUGCCCAAAGGUAUAUUUGUACUUUCCUGUCUCCCUCCAGCAGAAAGUAACAACCCACGGUAGGGCUUGAGGAGGUGCAUUAACUGACAAGGAAUAUCUUCAGGGCAGAAUCGCUGCAUGAGGCGAGGGGCACCAGGGGCAGAAAAAGCGCAUCAGCACUUUAGAGCCAUGAGUGGGCUUCUCAAGAGGAAGUUCGAGGAGGUGGAGGAGGACCCGUGCUACUCUUCGUCCUCUCCCUCGUCUCUCUCCUCGUCUGCCUACUCCGGCUGGGAUUCGGAUGGCGAGAGCUGCUACUCGGACACCCUGGACUCGACGCCCAGUAACCCGAGCUCGCCGGCAACGUUGCUCAGCACCACCUCCAUUCUCAAAAAGUCCAAAAGACCACGGCGAGGCAAUGUGCAGUUUGAUCAGGUGACGGUCUUCUUCUUCCCACGGUGUCAGGGUUUCACUAGCGUCCCUAGCAGAGGCGGAUGCACGCUGGGCAUGUUGCAGAGGCACAGCGCGCAGCGCCGCUACACGCUGGCCGAGUUUGCCGUGGAACAGCGCCACCUGCGGCACGAAAAGAUCAAGAACAGGAUGAAAGAAGAGAAACUGGAGGCUCUGAAACAGAAGCUGACGAAAAAUGGUACCCAGGAGUCCGAAGAAGCAGAACAACUAACCGUGGAUGAUAUCCCAGAGGACGAGAUCGAUCUCAGCAGCGUGAACCUGGACAGUGGGUCGUUCCUGCACCCUUACCCGUCCAAGAGGCGGCAUAUCAUCCUGAAAGCGGCCGGUGUGAAGAAGAUCGACAAGGAGGAAAAGAGGCAGCUGCAUGAGCUGCGCAUGUCACGGGAGGACUGCGGCUGCGACUGCCAGGGCUUCUGCGAGCCUGAAACCUGCAGCUGCAGUUUGGCUGGCAUCAAGUGUCAGAUGGACCACUCGUCCUUUCCUUGUGGCUGCACCAAGGAUGGCUGCGGGAACACGGAGGGUCGCAUCGAGUUUAACCCCAACCGCGUUCAGACCCACUACAUUCACACCAUCAUGAAGCUGGAGCUGGAAAAGCGUCUGGAGGAGCAUGCUUCGGAAAACGAGGCCACGUCGGAAGAUCCGCCCGAAAUGAACUCCGGAGCACCAGAGGGCAGGAACGAGCCGAACAGCUCGAGCUUUCAUUUCAACUCCGAAUUGGCAGCUGCUGGAGAAAACAGCUGUAGCAGUGAUAUGACUGACUCUUCUUGUUGUUCGGGUCAGAGCGAGGACUCGGAAGCAGCUGACGCACCUCCGAGCGAGCAGUCGUCUCUGGACGUGAACGAGAACGGACUUGCGCAAAUCCUGAGCUUCAGCGACACGGAGAACGACGAAUGCUCCCUGCAAUGCAGAGACGCCGACUACACCCGGCAGCAGAGAAGGACCGAGCCGUCCUCGGUAGGGUACGGCAUCUUCAGUAGCGUGGAAAACGCGGACGCCGACGAUAACACUUGCACGCCACAAGCGGACUCUGUAGACAGAGCGGUGGCGGGCGUAUCCGAGCUCCUGGACGAAAACGCGAAUCAGGACGACGCGCUCUUUCACAGCGGCUCCAUUCCCAACACGCCGUCUCCUACAAUCGAUAACUACAUGGACCUCAGCCUCUCGUCGGAGUCUGACCUGGAGUUCUUUGAUGGCUUUCCCUGUCUAGGGCCCAGCUCGCUGUACAACUCUCUCAAGGAGUAUGAGCAUUUGGACAACUUUUUUCAGUUUCAGCUGCCCGCCCACUCGAGCUUUCCGCAAGUCAACGACCAAGGCACCGGGCUCUUGGAGUCGCUCAUUGGUUUGUCGGAAUCUGUACCAGAACCACCUGCUACUUUCACAGACAAUCAGAUGCUGGAAGAAGCCAUGAAGUUGUCCGUGAUGGAGUACGUGAAAGUCUGAACUGGGAGGACUUCUUCAUGUUAAACACUAUGACACAAUUGUAAAUGAAUACAGCUUUAAUGUAAUUUUGUAAUUUAUGGCAGGCUAUCAAGGCUAUCGACAUUUGCGUUAGUUGCCUUGAAAAUGUUAGCAGUCUUACUAUUAUUAUUAUUAUUAUUAUUAUUAUUAUUAUUAUUAUUAUUAUUGCUAUCAACAUGGCAGCUACUAUUUCGGUUUAAAGUCUCUGGCUGCCUGUUUGAGAAUAUUUGUACAGGAAGGUUGAGCUGAAUUCGUCACCCACAUUGGUGUUACUAAUAUUAUUACUAUUGAUAAGAUUAUUUAUAUGAACUUUACACAGGGCACAGAUGGGAGUCUUUUAAAAAAAAAAAAAAAUUGCUGAUUAUGCACCUCAGGGACUUUUUCUAGCUUUCGGAAGCAAUGUAUCGUGACCAUACAUGGCUGUGAUGGACCCUAUUUGGCUCUUCAGAGAAUUUCCACCAGAACUCGAAAAACAGCAUUCGAAAAAACCCCCUUUUUUGGGUUUAUAUUUUUUUCCGUCUACGUUUGUACAGUCUGUACGUAAUCACAAAGCUAGAGGAAGACUCCUCUUGUUCCACAAAACGGCUCGUUUGGGAUCUAUAACGGUACACGCAUCACCCCAAAGGCUCCUCGAUUUAGCACUUUACCUGUGAAAAUCUCGAACGGAAAACUCAAGUUGGGGGCGGACGGGUUGCUGGCGUGUCGGGGUCGACUCCUUUUCGCAUUCGCUAAAAAGGCGCCGCAGCGUUUUUUUUUCCUCGUCCCGGGACGUUCUGGGGACGUCGAAAACACAAAUUUAGUGUUUUGUGUUAUUUUUUUUAUUAACACGUCACGAAUAUUUCAGUUUCAGAAACGCAAAAACACAGAAAUUUCAUACUCAUUGUGGAGAAUCAUUGCAUAACUGUGAUAUCUAUUUACCAUUACUACUUCUUACUCUAUUUAUUCCUUAGGAUUUGAGUUUAUUUAUUUAUCUCCGAACAACAACUGAAUAUCUGAGCCACUCUGAGCUCCGGAAAAGUGAAACAUGCAGCACCUUUUUUGUUUUUUGUGGUUGCAUUUCUUUUUUUUAAUAUAGGGGCGCUGUUUUUUUUUUUUCACGACCCUCCAAUAGUGUGGAGCAAAUUUCAGUUAAAUUAUUUCACGGUUCAUUUCAGUAGUAUACUAAUUUAUUCAAUAGUGGCGCGAUAAUAAUAAUAAAAGAGCGGUGUUUGAAAGUUUACUCCAUGUGCCUGUAAAUCUAAGGAGCCAUCGUUGCUGGUCUGUUCUAAAAAGUGUGUUAAAAAACAAACAAAAAGACACAAAACCUACCUAUUUCCUAAUAUUAGAAUUGCAUUAUUGCCCAUGAUGUUGCCUAUGAUAUAGAGAAUUACACUAAAAUUUUAUAAUCUAUGUAGAUUUGAGAGAAUUCUAAUCUCUAUCAUUGACAAUAUGACUAUUUUAUUAAAAGGAAAAAAAAAGCCAAUUUUCAUCAAAUAUGGAAACGUUUGUAAUAUAUUAAUAUAGCUACACAUAUAAUUCUAAACUUUAUUCUGGCCAGAAGUGAAAGAUUAUUUCUUUUGUAAUGCUUAUUAUUAUUAUUAUUAUUAUUAUUUUUUUUUCUCAUUUGAACCGAGUCUGAUUUUAAGCUCAAUUCCAUUGUCCGAGAAUGUUUCCGGCAGAAAUGAUUAAAUAAAAACGUGGAUGUAAAUGAUUAAUUCAGAAAAAUCGUUUGGAUAAAUUCUGCAUAUAUUAUGCAAAACAAAAAAAAGUACCAUAUGCAAGAAAAAGAGCAGAGUAAAAAAUGCCCGUGAACGUAAAAUCAAGGUGGUACUGCUGGUAACGUCCUCGACGGAGGAACCUGUAGACAUGAUGUACAUACUCCAUCUCCCACACUUCUUUUCUACGGCCUGUGUCGACGUACUAAAGCUAUCGCAUGUGAGAUUUAUCCACACAUAUGAUUUGCGAACGAAAAACUAAAAAGAACCGAAACAAACCUGCACAAUCAGAAACGUAUUUGCUUUUUUUUUGCCUUCGUGUGCUGUUGUUGAAACACAACGUUCAUUUCGGAUCUUCAGAGAGCACUGCUUUUUCUCGAGUACGCCUUAUUUCCUUGUAAAGAUGCAUCACUCCUAAUGAAGAAAUGGAAAAUGAUGGGUAUUUAUUAGGCAUAAUUAUUGUAUGUUUUGAUCAAUACUGUCAAAAGUGUUUCUUAAUUUCAUUGUCAUUUAUGUUGUACAUAUUUUUCAGCUUCAAUGGUACUACAGAGCGAACCGAGCUGCUUUUUUUUUUUUUUUUUUUUUUUUAUUAUAAUAUUUUCACGCUCAACAGGUAAAAGCUGUUCGUUCCAGUCGUCGUUUGACAGUAGUUUGUCAUUUCAAAAUAAAAAUUCAGCUUUUUUCGUA